AUGGCAGAGGGAAUGGUAAAUGAAAAGAAUGGCCAGUGUGACAAUCUCAGAGUGUCUCUUCCAGUUCCUAUGUUUUCGCGAAAUGAUUUCAACAUUUGGUCAGUGCUGAAAAAUUGUAUCGGAAAGGAGCUGAGCAAAAUCACGAUGCCGGUUGUGUUUAACGAACCGCUCAGUUUUCUGCAGCGCAUGGCCGAGUACAUGGAGUAUGCAAAGCUCCUGCGUGUGGCCUCAGAGCAAACGACUCCGCUGGAGCGCCUGAAGUACGUGUCGGCAUUUGCCGUUUCUGCGCUGGCAUCGAACUGGGAGCGGCUUGGGAAGCCUUUCAACCCUCUGCUUGGUGAAACGUACGAGCUAAUUCGUCCUGAAUUUCGAAUCAUUUGUGAACAGGUUUCACAUCAUCCUCCCAUUUCGGCGUUCAAUGCCGACUCGGAGAGCUUUCGAUUCCACGGUUCGAUUCACCCGAAGCUCAAAUUUUGGGGCAAGAGUGUCGAGAUACAGCCAAAGGGAAUCGUCACCGUCGAGUUUCCUAAGCUGAAGGAGGCGUACUCCUGGAGCAACGUUAACUGCUGCGUUCACAACGUGAUUGUGGGUAAAUUGUGGAUCGAGCAGUACGGCAUGAUGGAAGUUGUAAGCCACCAGCAUGGGUUGAAAGCUACGCUCAACUUUAAACCCUCCGGGUGGAACAACAAAGAUUUGCACCGUGUUGAGGGGUACAUCACCGACAGAAACAAACGUAAAACUCACUUUCUCUAUGGAAAAUGGACGGAGUUUAUCAAAUGCACAGACUACGCUACCUACGAGGAUUACGUGAAGGAAAAUGGUCACAAAUUUAAGCGCAACGCCGACGAUCGUAGCAAAAGUCCCAACGAAUCACCCGCAAACACGCCACGGAAAGUGUUUUCCAAGUUGAACAGCUUGAAAAUGAGCUCCUUUAAAAGUCUCUCGAUACAGGAGCCUGACGAUCCUCCGGAACCCUCAGAAGGAGACAUCCCGAAAAGCGACUCCACGUACUCGAUCGAUAUUCCAAACUCGGUCACGCUGUGGGAAGCCGAAUCCCGCCCUGCCAACACGGCUGAGUACUACCAGUUUACGAAUUUUGCCAUGUCGCUAAACCAGCUGGAGGACCACAUGAAACAGCCACGAGCCCUUUGCCCGACAGAUUCCCGAUUGCGGCCCGAUAUACGGAAGCUGGAGCAGGGGGACAUGGACGGGGCGGCCGCCGAGAAAACGCGACUGGAAGAAAAGCAGCGGGAAAAUCGCAAAAAGAGCAAAAAGACGCAAGAUGAUUUGACCAUCAUUUUUCCCCGAUGGUUCAAACAGGACGUCAACCCCCACACUAAGCAAGAGGAUUGGAUAUAUACCGGCGGUUAUUGGGACCGAAACGAUGACAAUCUAGAGCUGGAUAUUUUCUAAAUGCUCUCUUCUAUACCGCCCACCUCCAUGGCCUGCGGAUACCAGCCAAGAGUAUCUUUUUAAAAAUUAAAACAGGCCAGUAACACAAUCUCGAUCUACCACAAAAGCGUACAAAUAAUACAGUUGUCACAUCUCGUAUUUAUGUUGCCGCCUCCAUUCGAAUUAUAAAAUAAAUGAGUUUUCCAAAAGUUUGCGAUAAUGUAAGGAUUUGGAUGCCAAAUGGUAUCCACGCAAAAAAAAACCAUUUCGUCACAAAAUACACAUGUGUAACCCCUUCUGUCUACUAAUUUCAAAAGAUGAGUUGCAUCUCAAAAGCAGUGUGUGCAACUAUUUGAUAUAUUUUAGUGAAUCAACACGGUAACACUUGAGACAAUAUAAUUUUAGAACUUAAGAAGUAUACAAGUUAAUUACCGUAACUGAAUAUGAAGCGUUAGUUUAACCAAAGGUUUUAAGGCAAUUUUUGUGUCAAUUAAUGACAGAUUAAUGCCAGGAAAUAAAAAAAAGUCUAUGCAAAUAUGUAUGCACUAGAUCUUUUCAGCAUAGCGACUGUGUAGCAAAAGCUGUUAUUGUGUAGCAAAAAAACGUUACAUAACAUAUAUUGGACAGUAAAUGCUUUAUAGAGACGAACAAAAAAGUAAAAUAUCAAGCAGAUGUGUCUAGCCUGUAGGAAAUUCAUUCAUCAUGAUAAUUUGCUAAAGUGUCUAAAACCCGAAACUGUAACUAACGUUACCCAGAGCGUAUCUAUACUUGGAAAUGCAAAUUUAUCUUUCCAUAACAUUGAGAAAUGUUACUGAAUAUACAUGACAAAUAAAGUCUACAUAGUUGCUGAAGAACAUAGAAAAAUCUCAUGAUUGCUCGACUAGAAUAAAUUAUAAAUAAUAGCUACAGAACUACAUACAAAUUCCGAAAGAGGUAAUUGAUUCUGUGGGUUUUGUCAGUAAACUACCAUUGCUUUGAGCAACACAUGCGAAUAAAACGGAAAAGCACAGCAAAUGUGACUACUAGCGACAAAAAAAACUUUUACUUACUUUACUCUUAUCCUUUUUUACGAUAUCCAACGGAUGGGCAUCAUUUCGAUAUGCAAAGUUGAUGUUUUAGGUGUCGCAAA